AUUGUGUCAUAUCCACCGCCACAAUAAUUUAUUUAUUUUCCGGAAGUUAUAUCUUCCAAUACAUGAUGACGUCAUAUUACAUAGUUACACCAAGCUAAAUUUCGCAGAUCGACGACGAGACAGUUAUCAUGCCGUACUUUUUAGACCUGUUACGGAAACUGAAGCACAAACAUCAGAGGGAGCUACGAGUUCUUCUACUUGGUCUGGACAAUGCUGGCAAGACUACCAUUCUUAAAAGCCUUUCUAAAGAGGGUCAUGAGAACAUAUCACCAACGCGAGGUUUCAACAUCAAGAGCUUAAAAAACAAGGAAUGGAAUCUUAACGUAUGGGAUAUAGGAGGGCAACGGAAGAUCAGACCGUACUGGAGGAACUACUUUGAAAAUACCGAUGUUUUGAUAUAUGUGGUAGACAGUUCAGAUAGAACAAGAUUUGAAGAAACAGGGGAGGAAUUGAAUGAACUAUUGGAGGAAGAGAAGUUACAGCGAGUACCAGUGCUAGUAUUCGCCAACAAGCAGGAUCUAGUAGGAGCAGCAUCUGCCUCUGACCUAUCUGAUGGUGAUGCUUUAAAUCUACAAUCUAUUCGAGACAGGCCUUGGCAAAUCCAAGCAUGUUCAGCCCUGUCCGGAGAAGGCCUGGAGGAUGGUUUAACGUGGGUAGUGAAGACGAUAAACAGUAAAAAGUAGAGACCUUCCAUCCUGCCCAGUUCCAUCAGCGUGGCGUUGCCAUCUUAGCAGAGAAGACACAUGAUCCUUGCCAUACCAUCCUUGACAGUAAGAUAAUGGGUGUAGUCCUAGGACCAGCUUGUUCUCAAGAUGUAUGUUCUUAUGGUCUUCAGUCUUGAUCCCUUGGGUUGCAUAGUCCGCCCAAGAAGGUGAAGGUGGACAAUGUGUGGAGGCUGAUGAUCGCCACCCUUUGCUUCCUGAACACAGUUACCCUCAUCAUUGUGCAGCAGCGUGAAAAAUACUUUUCUGUUUGUUUGUGGGAGCAAAUUUAUCAGUGAUAGUUUAGUAAUACAUGUGUAUUGUGUUUUAACAGAGUUUUUUUUCUAUUUACCAGAGCUAUAUCGCUCAAAGCUCUCUUUUUAAAAAAUGUGUUUAUAUAUUUUUUUUUAUUUAAAAAAAAAAAACGUUUGUCAGUUUAUUUCCAUGGAAACCUUUGAUGCUCAAUUCAAACAGCAGAAUUAUUUUUGAUGCAACACUUCAAAGUUUAUUCAUGACAAUCAUCUAAAAACUUAGACAACAGAAGAGGUUAUACAUGUAGAGCAUUGUCUGUAUAUGCAAGUAGGGUCAUUAAGGCUCAUUGUCUGCCAGUCCUGUACACGUGUUAUGCCUAGCACCCUCUUUGUGUUCAUCCAGUAAAGGAUAACUGCAACCACCUCCCACAAUAACCAUGUAAUUCAAAGAAUUGUUGUAAGGGAUUACUCAAGUUCUCAUCAAAAGAUCAAGGCAGCUCUGACUGUCAUCUACAUGUCGAGGGUUCAGUGACACGAUGACGUAACUCCUCUUUUUGCCAAAAUAAGUAUUUCAUAUCAAAAUGUUCAGAAAAAUGUGGUCUUUCCAGGAAACAUAAAGACUUAACACCACCCAACACCCCAUUUAAGUCAAUGGCUAGUGAAACAUAGACUUAACUCCUUAAGGCCCAAGUGCUCAGUGACACAUAAACCACUUUUUCUCAAAAUGGCCAAAAUGAAGUUACGUCUUUGUGUCACUGACCCCUCGAUGUGAUGUGCUUGGCACCCAUGGUGGUCUUUGGGCAGUCCUUGCAAAGUCAGCUGCACACCCUGCCCGAGAUUGUAAAUGAUAACACAAUUAUAAUGUCUAAAUUAAGGAAAGCUAGUUUGUUUUGUCAUGAAACAGAAACAAAAGAAGAUAUUUUUUGCCCAAUUUAGCAAUGAAACUAACAAAUUGAGAUACAAAAUUUGACUCAUGUCUCUUAAAAGUUUUGAGAUUUUAUCCAUGAUUACUGCAUCAUAGCCUUAGGUCUGCACCCCAACUUUGUGUUGCAGAAGGGAUUCCUGCUUUGAAAGAUUUCCAUGCACUGAAUUAUUGCCAUAUAGCGUAGUCGAUGGGUAGACCAACAUACUACAUAUUAUAUGCACACUACUGCACCACAGAUUCAUGAACUGAUUAAGAAAAUGAAAAACUAAUCAACCCACAAAGGUGUGGCUUACUUACAUUGUGCCACUCCAACAGCCCUCAUAAAUACAAGGUUCUCCUUAAAUAUUUUGGUCUCAAAUGCUUUGUGAAUUUUCAACAGCAAUGUCCAGAAAUUUACUUCACGUAUGUGCUACAUUUCCAGUGCUUUCUGUUUGUUGCCAGAUAAUUCUUUUCAAUGAAUGAUUAAGUAAAGUUGCAAUCAGUGCCAAAGAAUUUUUAUUUAUACAUUUUUGUGUGUAGGCUAAUUUCAGAAAUAAAAGAUGCUUGAAUUCAAAUGUUGUAUAGCGCCCCCUUCUGGCCAUCAUACAAGUUAAGCCAUUGUGAUGUCAUGGUUAUUAAGUUCAAGAAUACAAAUCUUUUGGUGUAUUGCAGAGCAAUACAUCUAGCAUGGUAGUUGCCUGUUGAUAUGAGCAUGGUCUGAAAUGCCUAAUAUUUAGUCUCAACCUUCAUAGGCUCUGUGUGAUAGCUGCUGUAAAAUCGUCUCAAAGCAAAUGUAGAAUUCAAUCAAGUAAAUGUAAAUUUUAUUCCAGCAUCAAAAAGUUGUCUGAUUUUUCAGCAUGUGAACUGGACAGCUGCUCUGAACUUGGAUUGCGUCUUUACCUGAGAAUAAGAUCAUAAUUUCACUUUUUUUUUUGUGUAUACAUUGAUAUGGUUAUGAAAAAGUUGAUUCAUUCAUUUUGUUAUCAAGAAACGUGUCUAAAAUGGCUGAUUUUAUAUAAAUAUAUAUACAUAUUCAUCAAGAAGCACAGAAGGGAACAACGAGAAGCUUGAAUCUUUUUUUAACAGCCCUAUUCUUUUAAACACUGCAUAUUUAUAUCAAUUGCAACAAAAUACUUACACGUGUAUAUGUCAUAGCCUCCAUUUUUUUCAUAGCACACAAAACCUUGUUCUACGUUAAUCCCCUAGCCAGCAGGGGAAAUAGCCCAGUGUGUUUACUGUAUGUAAUGAUGACGUAACACAUGAGCUGUUCCAGGGUUUCAAAAUGAUCCCCUCUUUUUAAGUCUUUAACCAACCUCUCCAUCAUUCAAAUCAACCUGAAAAAUAGAAAAUGCAGAUCGUACAAAAUCCCUUUUGUCUAUGAAACCUAUUUUUAGCCUUCUAGAAAGCUAAAAUAUCUUUUCAUUAUGAUACCGCAGAUGUUGUGUGUCCCAAGUCACCCCUUUAUUUUUUAUAGUUUUAUAUAGUUAGGUUUCAUUCAUGUGACUUUUGUUUCUUUAGAUACAGAAUAUUUUUCAAGAAAACACAGUGGCAUCAAGUAAUGAACAGGUUGAAUUAUGGUAUGUGCAUUAUAAAUAUGUAGUAUGCCAUAACUGUAAUGCUUGUUUGGAUGUUUUUUAUGUAUUUUUGUUUGUUUGUUUGUUUUGUAUAUACACCUAGCUUGCAUGAAAUGUAUUCACCUUGAGUUAAAAGUUUGUCUAAUUAAUGCAUAUAUGUAAAUAUCAUAAUGGCUAUAUAGAUUCAACAGGUUAAAUAGAUGACAAAUCGUACUAUGAUAUGACUAAGACGGAUUGAUAUAAUUAUAAUGUACAAAAACAGGUUUAUACAUGUGUAUAUACUGUAUCACAAAUGACAUUAUAGAUUUUUGUUCUAUUUAAAAAGGUAUUAGCCUAGCAGAGCCGAGGUAAUAUUGGAGCGCUUUGAGCACCUGAGUGGAUAUGUGCGCUAUGUAAAUAUCCAAUAUUAUUAUUAUGAUUAGCAUAAUGGCUUAAAAGAGGUGAGCUAGUCAAUUUAUGCUCGACUGAAGAUGAAUUGGUUGUGGGUUGAAUAUCUGCAGGUGCCGUAAACAUGUCCUUAAGCAAGGGAUUCUAUCUAUAUUGCUUCUAUCCACCCAAGUAUUAAAUAGGUACCUGGUAGGAUGCUUCUAAGGGAGCAGAGAAUGUGCAGAGAAUGUGAACGUAUUGUGUGCGGCCAAGUCUAAAUACUAUGAACAGGAUAGUGUAAAAGAAAAGAGAUAUCUUAGAUAUAGUUAGCACUUCAUGUAUAUAAAGCCAGAAUGUUAUUAUUACUAUUAUUAUUAUUAUUAUUAAGAAAGGUAUUGAUGGUUAAGUACUUUGCCAGUAUAUAUAUAGUUGUGUGUCUUCUGUAAAAAAAAAGGUUUCUAUGAUUUAAUAUUUAAGCAGAUAUAAGUAUGGGAUCAAAACUCCAGCUAUUCAUGGAAUGAGAUUUUGAUUAUUUAUGAAGUGAUAAAACUUGAAAAUCCUCCUGAAUGUAUUCAUAAAUAUGAACUUGAUGUAUACUUUCA